GGGGAGCCGCAGUUCCUGCUGGCCCAGAACGUGGCCACCUGCAACGACCCGCUGGAGGUGUGCUUGCAGCGGCAGGUGGUGCAGGACACGGUGCAGGUGUUCCAGCACGCCGUGCCCGCCGAGGGCAAGCCCGUCACCAACCAGAAGAACUCCGGGAGAUGUUGGAUCUUUUCUUGUCUCAAUGCAAUGCGUCUUCCUUUCAUGAAAAAAUACAACAUCGAGGAGUUUGAAUUCAGCCAGUCGUACCUCUUCUUCUGGGAUAAGGUGGAACGUUGUUAUUACUUCUUAAAUGCCUUUGUGGAAACAGCUCAGAAAAAGGAGCCUGUGGAAGGAAGAUUGAUACAAUUCCUGCUUUCCAACCCCACAAAUGAUGGCGGACAGUGGGAUAUGUUGGUUAAUCUUAUUGAAAAGUAUGGUGUUGUCCCCAAGAAAUACUUCCCAGAAUCCCAUACCACGGAGGCUACGAGAAGGAUGAAUGAGAUCUUGAAUCAUAAGAUGAGAGAGUACUGUUUGCGUCUAAGAAAUAUGGUGGCAUGUGGGAUAACUAAGGGGGAACUUACUGCUGAAAUGGACGCUAUGAUAGAAGAGGUUUUCAGAAUAGUGAGUACUUGCUUGGGCAGCCCUCCAGAGACGUUCUGCUGGGAGUUCCGGGAUAAGGAGAAGAACUACAACAAAAUUGGCCCUGUGACGCCAGUGCAGUUCUACAACGAGCACGUGAAGCCUUACUUCAACAUGGAGGACAAGAUUUGUCUAGUGAAUGAUCCUCGACCACAGAACCCAUACAACAAGCUGUAUACUGUGGAGUACCUUGGCAAUAUGGUAGGAGGGAGGAGAACACUUUACAAUAACCAGCCUGUUGAUAUCUUGAAAAAAUUGGCUGCAGCCUCUAUUAAGGAUGGCGAGGCUGUGUGGUUUGGCUGUGAUGUUGCAAAGCACUUCUAUGGCAAGCUGGGAAUCAAUGACAUGAAUAUAUUUAAUCACGAGUUGGUGUUUGGUGUCUCCAUCAAGAAUAUGAACAAAGCAGAACGAUUAAUCUUUGGCGAUUCAAUGAUGACUCAUGCUAUGGUCCUGACAGCAGUCACCGAGAAGGAUGGGCAAGAAGGGUCAUUUGAAAAAUGGAGAGUGGAAAACUCCUGGGGAGAAGACCGUGGUAAUAAAGGUUACCUGAUCAUGACUGAUGACUGGUUUUCUGAGUACGUGUAUGAAGUUGUGGUGGAUAAGAAGCAUGUACCAGAAGAUAUCUUGGCAGUGAUGCAGCAGGAGCCGAUUGUUUUGCCAGCUUGGGACCCUAUGGGGGCGUUAGCCAAGUGAACUACAGAGCGUUUGCCUCCUAAUGAUCUACCAGAAGUAGAUGCAAUAGAGAAUCCCAGUGGUUGGAAGCCAUAGCCAAAUGAUAAUGUGACCAAGCACUCAGCAUGGUCCAUGUUCUUGAAAUGUAAGUUAAGGAUCUUUGGAAAAUAGCGCUUUACUGACUGGCUCAAUAAAAGCUCUCAGACAGGCUACUCUGCAAAACUAAAAAGGGAAGCAGGAAAAACUCAUCAUGAAAAUGUAUUACAAGUGCUUUCAAUGGCCAUUUGAUUUUAUCUUAAUUUUUUAAUAAAAAUCAGCAUAGUAACUUAGAAUACUUUUGACUAGUAUUUUCCCUAGAAAAGAUGGCCAUAAUCGGCCAUUCUUUAAAGUUAACGGCUAGGUGAUUGUUAGAACAAA